UGUUGGACUCCAACGAGAGCAACAACAGCGUGCGACGGCGGCGGACGGCGACAGCGUGCGACGGCGGCUGCGGCUGCUGCGGCGACGGCGGUGGACGGCGACGGACGACGGCAGCGUGCGACGGCGGCUGCAGCUCCCUCCCUCUGUCUCCGGCAGCGUCGUUCCGCUGCUCUUGAUCCCCUACGGGUGACGGCUUCAGCUUCAGCGGCAGCAGCGGACGACGGACGACGACUGCGGCGGCCUCCGUGGUGGACGACGAGUCGACGACCUCGACCUCUCUGCAGGCGCUGCUGUCUCCCAGGAGAUGAGGAGAUCCUGAGGGAAGGAGGUGCUGCCGCAAGAUUACGAUAUCCGCGCUCUGCUCUGGAACAACAUUAAGCUGUAGUAGCAUCCACCGUACCACCAUGGCUGAUUUAAAUUUGCAAGAUGAACAGUUCUCACUUUGUUCUCCGGCAGUCAUAUUCUCUCCCAUGCCGAGUUCAUCUCAAGUAUUUCCUUCGCAAGCAGCAACUCACAGUGAAGAUAUUUUAAUGGGUGACGAUAGUGGUGAUGAAUCUGAUGACCCAAUUGAUCCUGUCCCAAAUGUGAAUGUGAAUCCUGUAAUACAAGCUUUGACAAGGAAAUUCAGAUCUAAGGCUUGGAAGGAAUUUGUUCCGAUGGUCGUUAAUGGUGAAAUUGGGGCCGGGAAGUGCAAGCAUUGUGAUACAGAAAUCCGUGCUAGGCGUGGAGCUAGAACAAGUUCAUUGAGAAAGCAUCUGAAAAGAUGUAAAAAGAGAAUUAGUGCUCUCAAGAUUGUUGGAAAUCUUGAUUCUACACUUAUGUCACCCGAUAGUGUUCGGCUGAAGAAUUGGAGUUUUGAUCCUGAGGUUUCUAGAAAAGAACUCACACGGAUGAUUGCAUUACAUGAGUUCCCAUUCUAGAUGGUAGAGUAUGAUGGAUUUAGAAGGUUUGCCGCUAGCCUUAACCCAUACUUUAAGAUGAUUUCACGAACAACGGCAAGGAAUGAUUGCAUAUCAGCUUUUAAUGAGCAAAAGUCAGUACUAAAGGAGAUGUUUAAGGGUGCUACUUGUAGGUUCUCAUUGACUGCAGAUAUGUGGACUUCCAAUCAAACAAUGGGAUACAUGUGCGUGACAUGCCAUUUUAUUGAUGUUGAUUGGAAAAUACACAAGAGGAUAAUAAAGUUCUUUCGAGUCAAGACACCCCAUACUGGAUUUGAAAUGUUUAAUACAAUGCUCAGUUGCAUUCAAGAUUGGAAUAUUGCAGAUAAGAUAUUUAGUGUUACUCUGGAUAAUGCUUCAGCUAAUGAUGCAAUGGUUGCAUUGUUAAAGUGCAAUUUGAAGACCAAGAAUGCUAUACCUUCAAGGGGGAAGCUACUCCACAAUAGAUGUGCUGCACAUGUUAUCAAUCUCAUAGCUAAAGAUGGUUUGAAGGUGGUUGAUUCUAUUGUUUCAAACAUUCGUGAAACCGUUAAGUACAUUGAUGGUUCACAAUCUCGCAAACAAAAAUUUGAGGAGAUUGUUGCACAACAAGGAAUCACAUGCCAGAAGCACCCUAAUAUAGAUGUACGUACUCGAUGGAACUCCACAUAUUUGAUGCUUGAGGCAUCCUUCCCAUUCAUGAGUGCAUUUGAGUCAUUGGCUGGCCAAGACAAAAAUUACAAGUAUGCACCUUCUAUCAAUGAAUGGGAAAGAGCAUCUAUAGUCUGCAGAAUUCUAAAAGUGCUUUAUGAGGCAACUUUGGUGGUCUCAGGUUCUUUGUACCCAACCUCCAACCUUUACUUCCAUGAGAUGUGGAAAAUCAAGAUGAUAUUGGAAAGAGAACGUUCUAACAGUGACAAUGAAGUGGCUGCCAUGGUCAAAAAGAUGAAGGAGAAAUUUGACAAAUACUGGCUCAAAUCAUACAAAUAUCUAUGCAUUCCAGUUAUUUUUGACCCAAGGUUCAAAUUCAAAUUUGUCGAGUUUUGUCUUGGGCAAGCCUUUGGGAAAGGUGCUAAGGACAGGAUUGAGAAAGUGAGGAAGAGAUUAAACUUGUUGUUUAAGGACUAUUCUGAUGAUAGCAAUACUAACUCAAAUCUUCAAGCUCAUCAUGUGAUGGCUAUCCCUGAAAAUGAUCCAUUAGCUGAUUGGGUGUAUCACAUCACUGAAGAAUUAAAUGACCAAAUAGACACUGAACUGGAUGUGUACCUAAAAGAGAAACCCAUUCAUGAAUUUGGAAGAGACUUUGAUAUUCUCAAUUGGUGGAAAGCUAAUUACUCUAAGUAUCCAACCCUUGCUCACAUAGCACGAGAUGUGCUUGCAUGGCCUGCCUCCAUGGUUGCAUCUGUUAGUGAAUCUUCAAUUUGAUUCUCUUAGCUGCUAUGAUCUGUUCCCAAAAUUACAGGCGUUAAAAUAUUUAGCUGCUAUGAUCUGUUCACAAAAUUGCCAAUUUAGUGAAUCUUCAAUUUUGUUCUGUUCGCAAAAUUAUAGGCGUUAAAAUAUUUAUAAGUGGUGAAAAAAAUAAUACUUAUACAUAAGUAGUGAUCUGAUGCUUCAGAUAUGAAAGCUUGUGUUUAUGAGAUGAUUUUGCUUUGGCCAUCAGGAAUUCAGGAUCUUUUGGCUUCUCAUUCUUCAUUUGGUGUUAGCAAGUUGAAGGUACCAACUGCAGCAAAAACUGACUGUUCUGUACUUAAACUUCGAAGUAACAUUUUUUUUGCCUGUGAUUUGUAAUUAUGCCAGAAGGGACAAGUUUCAUAAUCUCUGACGUUCUACUCUUCCUGAGUUCCUGUUGCAUGCUCAACCUGUACCAAGCAAGACACUUUGAGAUGGAUGAAAGCAAGACAUAUUUGUCCAUUGUCCUAUUACCUCUGUAUUAUUGGCAAUAGCAGCAUGGCUUUCUUUUGUUUUCUUAGAUAGUUUCUUCAAAUUAUUUAUUUUCUUUAUGAUGGCGUGCAAGUAGAUUCUUGUGAAGAGAAGCAUCCAUACGAAACAAGUCAUUUCGGUCAAACCUGAAAUUCAUAUGCAUGUAAAUGGGCAAAUAACACAAGAGGGACAGCAACGGGCCCGGCCCUAGCACCACCUGAAAUGGGUCAGACCAGCCCAUCAAACCAAGUGGGCCACAAAGGGGCGGUAUGGGCUGGCCCGUUCUGCUCCCUUUGCAGGCUGACCCAUGGGUCCGGGGCCCAACGGGUUUUGUACCCAAUAGGUGUGGGUAUGGAUGAAGAUUUGUAUCUAUGGGUUUGUAGGUAUGGGCACCAGUGAAGCUAUGGGUUAUGUACGAGUUUUGGAUUUAACCCGUGGGUGUCCAUUGAGACCUCAAAAAUCUAGAGACACCUUUAAAUAUUCGGUAUGAAGCUGCUUAUUAUCCAGUAUUGUAAGUCGGGAGCAUCAAAAUAUUGUUGAGGCAUGAUU